UUUGUUUUUAAAAAAGACAUCAAAGUGAUAAAAAAAUUUAUCUAUUAUUAGAGGAGGUGGAGUUGGAAUUUGAAGAGAGCAUCGCGUGAAUUAGGGUUUUAGCGUUUUUGAGAAAGAGAGAGAAGAAAAAGAAGAAGAAGAAGAAAAAGCGAAAAGAUGAGUAGAAGUUUGGGAAUUCCGGUGAAGCUACUCCACGAGGCCUCGGGUCACGUCGUUACGGUGGAGCUUAAAAGCGGCGAACUUUAUAGAGGUAACAUGAUCGAGUGCGAGGAUAACUGGAACUGUCAACUCGAAAGCAUCACUUACACUGCUAAGGAUGGAAAAACAUCACAACUUGAGCAUGUAUUUAUUCGAGGCAGCAAAGUCAGGUUUAUGGUCAUACCGGACAUGCUGAAGAACGCUCCUAUGUUUAAGCGUUUGGAUGCAAGAAUCAAGGGCAAGGGUGCAUCACUCGGUGUUGGUAGAGGCAGAGCAGUUGCAAUGCGAGCAAAGGCUCAGGCUGCUGGCCGUGGAGCUGCACCUGGGAGGGGUGUACCACCUGUGCGGAGGUGAUCACCAUUCAUAUAAUCUCUGUUUUCCCUGUGUGUUGGACGUGGUAUUUAGUUUUGUUGUAGAAGUUUGCGAUAGAAAGAAAUUUGAAUUUCAAUUGCAUAUCAAGGAUUUACAGACCACUCUUUUAUGGAUGGUACUGAAUGCGAAAUUUAUUCUCAUCGCCUCUAAUCUUUUGAUCUGGUAUUGUGUGCAUGGCUGGUAGAAUUGUCUAAUGUGGUGUGGCAAGUUAUUAUGAAUGUUAUAAACUAGUCUUAUAAGCCCUGAUUAUUUUGUAAUUAAAAGGAAAGUCACAAGAUGGACCAUC